AUAAAAUGCCAGGUCUGAACUGCCUCUGGUGAUAUCCUCAGCCUGUGUGAUGUGAAUGAAUAGCAUCUUGCCUGGCAAAUCCACAGGAAUUGAUAAGGCAGGUGCAGUUCUCCACACAGGCCUUUUCUAUCUUUUAGCUCUAGCUGUGGCUUCUGUAGCAGUUUUGCUUUUUGCCUUGAAAGAGGUGCUCUGGAUUAUCAGACCUCCAUGUAUGACAAUUUGUACCUGCAUGGAAUUGAAGACUCGGAGGCUGACGAAUAAUGUGAUGUGUUACCCAAGAUGGUGUGAACAAAGCUUCAAGCCAAUGGAGAAGACUAGGCCUAAAUAGCUGACCUGGUGAAGUGAAAAAUAAAGCCACACCUGGAGUGCCACAUCCUCAGCAGCCUUUCUCAGUGCCAAUGCAUUUAUGGCUGGUUCAGCGGAUUCCUACACGAGCAGGCCGUCAGACUCUGAUGUCUCUUUGGAAGAAGACAGGGAAGCGAUUCGGCAGGAGAGAGAGCAGCAAGCGGCUAUCCAGCUUGAGAGAGCAAAGUCCAAGCCUGUAGCCUUUGCUGUGAAGACGAAUGUGAGCUACUGUGGUGCCCUGGACGAGGAUGUGCCUGUCCCAAGCACAGCCAUCUCCUUUGAUGCCAAGGACUUUCUACACAUUAAAGAGAAAUAUAACAAUGAUUGGUGGAUAGGAAGGCUGGUGAAAGAGGGCUGUGAGAUUGGCUUCAUCCCAAGUCCACUUCGACUGGAGAACAUACGGAUUCAGCAAGAACAAAAACGAGGACGUUUUCACGGAGGGAAAUCCAGUGGAAAUUCUUCUUCAAGUCUUGGAGAAAUGGUAUCAGGGACAUUUCGAGCAACACCUACAUCAACAGCAAAACAGAAGCAAAAAGUGACGGAGCACAUUCCUCCUUACGAUGUUGUGCCGUCCAUGCGUCCGGUGGUGUUAGUGGGGCCGUCACUGAAGGGUUAUGAGGUAACAGACAUGAUGCAGAAAGCCCUCUUUGAUUUCCUGAAGCACAGGUUUGAUGGGAGGAUAUCAAUAACGAGAGUGACAGCUGACAUUUCUCUUGCUAAGAGGUCUGUCCUAAAUAAUCCCAGCAAGAGAGCAAUAAUUGAACGUUCCAACACUCGGUCCAGCCUAGCGGAAGUACAAAGUGAAAUUGAAAGAAUCUUUGAGUUGGCAAGAUCUUUGCAACUGGUUGUUCUCGAUGCAGACACCAUCAAUCACCCCGCACAACUUAUAAAGACUUCCUUAGCGCCAAUUAUCGUUCAUGUGAAAGUCUCGUCUCCCAAGGUUUUACAGCGGCUGAUUAAAUCCAGAGGAAAGUCCCAAAGUAAACACUUGAAUGUGCAACUGGUGGCAGCUGACAAGCUUGCACAGUGCCCCCCAGAAAUGUUUGAUGUUAUAUUGGAUGAGAACCAGCUGGAGGAUGCCUGUGAACACCUGGGAGAGUACCUGGAGGCAUACUGGCGUGCCACCCACACAACCAGCAGCACGCCCAUGACCCCGUUGCUCGGAAGGAAUUUGGGCUCCACAGCACUCUCCCCAUACCCCACAGCAAUUUCCGGGCUGCAGAGUCAGCGUGUAAGGCACAGCAACCAUUCCACAGAGAACUCUCCAAUUGAAAGACGAAGUCUAAUGACCUCUGAUGAAAAUUAUCACAAUGAAAGGGCUCGGAAGAGUAGAAAUCGCUUGUCUUCCAGUUCCCAGCAUAGCCGAGAUCAUUACCCUCUUGUGGAAGAAGAUUACCCUGACUCAUACCAGGACACUUACAAACCCCACAGGAGCCGAGGAUCGCCCGGGGGAUAUAGCCAUGACUCCCGACACAGGCUUUGAGUCUGCUGACACAAACAAAAAAUUUAUUUGUUGACAAUUUGCCAUAGCACUGCUAGGAUAAACCCAUCAUCUAACUUGGCAAGUACGGCACAGUAUUGACUGUGUUUAUGGGCUGCUGUCAUUGGAUGCUAAGUAAGGGGCAAAAAAAAUGUACAUUAUGCCCUUAAGUCUGGAUGGAUAUUAGAUGCCCAAUCAUAUAGAUAUUUUAAGUGCAACAUUUACAUAACAGUACCUUUAUUUUAUUCAUUAGAUUUAGACACAUCGAUUUGUAAUUUAGGGUACUUAUUGAGGCACAUAUAAAAUAAUUUCCCAUGCUGGAAAUUCCAAAUGACCAGUUCCAGUUGGAACCAAUUUAUAAACCAAUUCCUGUUGGAAUUUGGGUGAAUUGACUAGAAAGUCUACUUGAGCAUGUUGUGAUCCCUUUAAAAAAUCUGAAAAACACUAAUGAGGAUAUCAAAAUACCAAUAGAAGCCAAAACCAGCUAUGGCAUUUAUUUGCUGAAAGUUAAAUUUACCCUUAAAGUUGGAACAUACACACAUUUUAAUACAUGUUAAUGUUGCCAGAAUGGCUUUUCUAACUUACCAAAUAUAUUGAUAGUGCCAAAAAAUCUCAAAUUAAUGCAGAAAUUACACAGUCUCCUCAAGAUUUUAAUAUUUUUCUUUCCUGGCACAGCUGUUGUUUCAAAGUGUUUUGCUUUUUGUUUAGUCACUACUGUUAGCUCUUUUGAAGUUGGCAAAAAUCUCAAAAUUUCUUUUGCAGUAAGAAAGAAGAGUCAAGGGAAGCCCAAUCAUAGCUGGGUAUAUGAAAGGCAAGAUGGGGUGUUGUUUCCAUUUUAAUCAAUCCGAGCACAACUAAGCACACCCAGGAAUCUGCAGGCAGGUAGUGAGGGUGGACACAGAUCCUCCUGAGUGCAAAGCUAAACAUCUCCAGGUGGCAGCUUAUCCAUCCACUUACUGCAGACAUGGGUUCAGUAUUUCCCACCAGACACAAUUGAGUACUUUUUCAUUGCUUCACUCAGCCUCUGUCUUUGAAUAUCUGAAUGCUCUAGCCCUUCCUCAAAUUCUUUAUAAUUAUGUUAAAGAUGUUAGUUUUACAUAGAAACAUUCAAUUUUGAUAUUGAAAGAUGUGUUUAUACAAAACAAUUAAUUGAAAAUGUGAAAACAAAUGAAUUUAAAGGCUUGCAAUAAAAAUAAACUCAUAGAUCCAGAAUAUAUUUGUUCACUAAACAUAGCAUUUUUAUUGCAAAGAAUUAUAAAGAAUUUGGAGAUUGAGCCAUCUUAUUUCUAAUCAACACUCCUCUUCACAUAUUAAGUCUUCAUAGUUUUUCCAGUGGCUAUAAUUAUGGAAUUAGUGUCCUUCUGUCCUAUAUUUUUAAAAAAGACUUAGAUUCACUAUGACCCAAGAAAUUAUUGAAAUUGACCAUUUUAUAUAAUACACACACAUCUUUAGGAAAAGGCUCUUGUUUCUAAAAGUCCACAAUGCAUGUGUUUUCUAAAGCCCCAACUGGACCACGCAUAAAAGUCCUUUUGUACUGGUACAUGUCACAAAACCUAUUUUUUGAGAACAAUAAUAAUUCAUUUUCUAUUAUCGUAUUCCCCCCACCAAGCCUUUCAAUACUUAGAAUCUCAAAGCAUGCACCAGUUAAAUAAUUUUCCUUACUGUGAAAAUAAGUUCCAUAUUCUCUAUGAAUUAUACAUGUCUUGAACCCUGUUCUGACGUCCCACCUCCCCUCCCCUCGUGUUCACUGUGCACACUCCAUUAUGAACCUGUGUCGCUGAUAUGAGGAUGCCUAUAAUUAUGUAAGUUAUCACAAAUAUUUGAUACAAUUCAAAAAUAGGGGCUCAGUAAAUUCUAAAAGUUAACAAGUGAUCUUGGCUUAUGAGGUUCUUUUGUCAUCUAGUGAAGCCUACAGAACUUUCAGUUAAGACAUUUAAAAGAGCUAUAUCCAUUAGGCACUUUAAUAAACAUGUAAACUGCCAUUACUGAAUAUUUUGUUAGAGCACAGAAGAGCACUUUCCAGCAAACAAAAUAUAUUUAUUACAUGUACAGCACAUAUCUGCAUGAGAAAGAAAACAUUAGCCAAAACAUUUUUCUAGAUGCUUUACUGGUUUCUUGUUUGUGCUCAUUAAAGUAUUUAAUUGCAAAGAGUGCGCCAAGGUGUAUAAAUUUAGACUAGACAGCUGUUCUGCUUUUUCUGUAGUAGCAUUAGCAAUCCGGUCCUCUAACUAUUUUAAGAUAUUUACAUUUUAUGGCAGGUAGCUAUAACAGCAUUUACAUAUAUUUCCUAGUCAGCAAGAUUACCAUAUUCUUUCACUUUAAAAAAUCACUUGUUUUAAAAGGCCUCUCAGAGCCUUGUUCUAAGUCUUCCGUGUCAUGCUGAUAAAGAGAGAGGUCCAUUCAGUAUCUGCACAAACCAACCUGUCAUUUACCACAAAGUGUCCACAUCUGUCUUGCUUUGCAUCUUAUUCAAAAGCUAACAGUCUUGGAAAGGGUAUAAUGUAUAUUUUCUUGAUAGAUAUAUUUAAAAUUUUACUUUGAUAUGGCAUAUUUUUCCCAUUCCUUUUGUAAUGUUUAUCUUCUCCAAAUGAAUAAGAGAUGCAUUUUCCUUUUUUUUAAGGCUUAGAGUUUAUUGUGUAAAUGAUACUAAAAUACAGAUAUAUACUAAAUGAAAAGUUUUAUUUUUGCCAAGCACAUCAAGCACCUUUGGAAAAUACAUAUUCUACAAAUAAUUUGUUUUUAACUGAUUUCAUUUGAAAUUAGCAAAUGAUAAGCAGGAGAAAGAAGUCUUAUAAUAUUUUGAGGCUGUUUUGACUUGUAGUAUAAACCACAUAUGCUGAAAUUUCAGUAUAUGGAAUUUCAGAAUAUGUAAGUUACAUAUUCUGUAAUUUCAGUCAUUGAACAUGUAACAGUGCAGACUCAUGUGACAAUGUGGGAAUGUAGUCCUGGAAAAAAGGAGUGCAUUUUGUCAAUACUGAUAUUAAUUCUCAAGGCUAUAAUGUGACUUCAAUAUUAUAAUCAAUAAUGUGAUCUUGUUUACUCCAAUAUUUAAAGCAACACUUGGAAAUGUUUAUAAAUGACUAAUGAUUCUCUCUUAUCUUUAUACAGUUCUAUUGGAAAGAAAAUUGAAAUUAACAAUUUAGACUGAUAGUCUUUCCUAAUAAGAGAAUCUUAAUUAUGUGACAAUAUUUCAUUGCACUUAGUCCUUAAGGAAAUGAAUUUUUUAAACAUAAAACAAAUUCUGAGCAAAUUAUUUGUUCCCUUUAAAUAAUUUGUGAAUCACUUGAUUUAUUAUUGUUGUUGUUUGCAAA